UGAGAAAGAAGCAGCAAAGAUAGCCAUUGAACAAGCUCCUCCAGUUAUCAAGGAAGUGCCAGUGAUUGACAACACCAAAGUGGAGAAGUUGACAGAGGAAAACAACAAACUCGAGGAAGAAAUCAGAGAGCUCAAGAAGAGAGUAGAGGACUUCGAACAGAGCUACGAUGAAGUUGAAAAAGAAUGUCAGGCCAGACGUAGAGAGGCAGAAGAAACCCAGCUACGCGUUUCAGACCUCCAAGAGUCCAUUGAAAGAUUACAACUGAAUUUAUCCAACCUUGAAUCUGAGAAUCAGGUUCUCCGCCAGCAGGCUUUAGUAGCACCAACAAAUGAAGCCCUCUCUGAGGAAAUGGACAUACUCAAGAACAAGAUCAAAAACUUGGAGUCAGAAAAUGAGAUUCUCCGCACUCAAAGGGUAGUUGUGGAGCAAAUAGUAAGUUCUGACCGGGCACCUAAAGGGCUUGAGACCGUUGAUAACAUAUAUCCAGCUGAUAAUGGACAUCAAACUGUGGAAGUGCAUGAAGAAAUAAAAGUGGAAAAACAAAUAUCUAAGGAUUCUUCCCCUCCCAUCUCUUUAACUAAGCAAAGAUCCUUGACAGAUAGGCAGCAGGAAAACCAUGAUAUACUGAUAAAGUGCCUCGCGGAAGACAAGCAAUUUGACAAGGGAAGACCAGUAGCUGCAUGCACCCUAUACAAAGCACUUCUGCAGUGGAGAUCCUUCGAAGCAGAAAAAACAAAUAUAUUUGAUAGGAUUAUUCAUACCAUCCGAUUAUCUAUAGAGGAUCAGGAUAACACUGGUGAUCUAGCCUACUGGCUGUCAACAUCUUCAACUCUGUUGUUCCUUUUGCAAACCACAAUUAAAGCUGGUAAUGUGCCUACUAGGUCCCCAUAUCGCAAUCGCAGCUCACCUACCACAUUGUUUGGCAGAAUGGCACAGCAGGGUUUUCGCUCAACUUCAUUAAGCAUGGCAAUUUCCAGUGGCUACAGCGGAAUUGAGGGAAGCCCAAAUGUCCGAACAAGGAUUGAAGCUAAAUACCCAGCCUUAUUAUUUAAGCAACACCUAACUGCAUGCGUUGAGAAAAUUUAUGGAAUGAUCCGUGACAACUUAAAGAAAGAAAUAAGUCCAUUCCUUAACCAGUGCAUACAUGCACCAAGAUCUGCAAGGGUAAGACCUUUAAAAGGGACAUCUAGAAGUAUACACUCAAACAUCAUCGCGAAACAACAGGCAUCCAUCAUACACUGGCAAAACAUUGUGAAUAGCCUAGACAGUACAUUGACAAUACUAUCAGAAAAUAAUGUCCCUUCCACAAUUACAAGGAAAAUAUUCAGUCAGGUGUUCUCAUACAUAAAUGUCCAGCUUUUCAACAGCUUGUUGCUUCGCCGUGAGUGCUGCUCAUUUAGCAAUGGGGAAUAUCUGAAGGCAGGUCUGCAAGAACUGGAAAGUUGGUGUUCUAAAGCAACAGAGCAGUAUGUUGGAUCUUCGUGGGAUGAACUUCAACACAUAACGCAAGCUGUAGGAUUUCUGGUGUUGCAUCAAAAAUCUCAAAAGGCAUUGGAUGAGAUCACGAGUGACCUCUGCCCGAUGUUGAGCAUUGCACAAAUAUAUCGGAUUGGAACUAUGUUCUGGGACGACAAAUAUGGAACCCAUGGUUUAUCUCCAGAGGCCAUUAGCAGGAUGAGAGCACUAACAUUGGAAGACUCGACCAGCAUUCCAAAUAAUACAUUCUUGCUUGAUGUGGAUUCAAGCAUACCAUUCUCUAUAGAAGAAAUAUCGCGAUCCUUCCACAAUAUCAACCUGUCUGAUGUGGAACCACCUCCCCUCCUUCAUCAAAGAUCAGAUUUCCAAUUCCUGCUGCAAGCAACGGAAAAAGAGUUUUGAACAGUUUCUUUUUAAUUUACACAGAAAGAGAAGGAUAGUUAUAGGACUUGAUUGAUUGAAUUCUUUCUUUUGUUUAUUGGUUAGAUAGAGAGUGAUGAGUGUUCAAAAUGUAAAUCUUUUUGGUUUCAUGUUUCAUAUUCAUUUUCCUCAUUCAAGCGAUGAUUCUACAAAAUAUUGCAUUGUGAGAGAUCUGUUGUAUUAUAUGUUGAAAGAGUGUAGUAAACGAAAACACAUAUUCAAGGUUUCAAUAGAAAGAAAGAGGUUUUUCCCUCUGAUUUCUUAUUA